GACGCGAGCGGGCGGCGGGAAGGAAGGGCGACCCGGAGGCCGGCAGCCGCGCCAUGGACGAGCCGCCGUUCAGCGAGGCGGCUGCGGAGCAGGCGCUGACCGAGCUGUGCGAGCUGGACGCGGCGCUGCUGACCGACAUCGAAGACAUGCUUCAGCUCAUCAACAACCAAGAGAACGACUUCCCUGGCCUGUUUGAUGCCCCCUAUGCUGGGGGUGGAGCCGUGGCUACAGACCCCACCAGCCCUGGUGCCAGCUCCCCUCUGGAAGCCUUCCUGGGGGGAGCACCCAAGGCGGCAACUCCACCCAUGUCCCCUCCACCAUCUACACCCACUGCGUUGAAGAUGUAUGCGUCUGCGCCCCCCUUCUCUCCUGGAUCUGGAAUCAAAGAAGAGCCGGUGUCACUCAACAUCCUGCAGCCGCAGCCGCCAACCCCGCAGCCCCCGCCAGGGGCGGUCCUGCCUCAGAACUUCCCUCCGCCUCCCCUGCAGUUCAGCCCUGCCCCUGCUUUAGGGUACUCUCCUGCAGGCUUCUCAGGGACCCCUCCCAGUAGCACCCAGCAGUCGCUGCCUGGCCUGUCUCUGGCUUCUGCUCCCGGCGUCCCGCCAAUCUCCUUGCACACCCAGGUGCAGAGCGCAGCUCCUCAGCAGUUGCUGCCGGCCGCAGCGGCCCCUGGAACAAACACUGUGACCUCGCAGAUACAGCAGGUCCCAGUUGUGCUGCAGCCGCACUUCAUCAAGGCAGACUCCCUGCUGCUGACAACGGUGAAAACGGACGCAGGGGCCACAGUGAAGGCAGCCGGGAUCAGCGCUCUGACUCCCGGCGCAGCUGUGCAGGCAGGCCCCUUGCAGACCCUGGUGAGUGGCGGGACCAUCCUAGCCACGGUGCCAGUUGUUGUGGAUGCCGACAAGCUACCCAUUCACCGGCUGGCAGCCGGCAGCAAGUCCCUGGGCUCAGCCCAGAGUCGUGGCGAGAAGCGCACAGCCCACAACGCCAUUGAGAAGCGCUAUCGUUCUUCCAUCAAUGACAAGAUUGUUGAGCUCAAGGACCUGGUGGUGGGGACUGACGCGAAGCUGAAUAAAUCUGCCGUCUUGCGCAAGGCCAUCGACUACAUCCGCUUCUUACAGCACAGCAAUCAGAAACUCAAGCAGGAGAACUUGAGCCUGCGAACCGCCGCCCACAAAAGCAAAUCGCUGAAGGAUCUGGUGUCGGCCUGUGGCAGUGGAGGAGGGUUGGACAUGCCCACAGAGGGCAUGAAGACUGAGAUGGACAUGCUGACCCCUCCCCCUUCGGAUGCCGGCUCCCCCUCCCAGAGCAGCCCCUUGUCUCUUGGCAGCAGGGGUGGUGGCAGCAGCAGUGGCAGCAGCAGUGACUCUGAGCCCGACAGCCCAGUCUUUGAGGACAGCCAGGUGAAGGCCAGUCAGCUGCCUCCUCAGCAUAGCCCUGGCAUGCUAGACCGCUCUCGCCUGGCCCUGUGUGCCCUUGUCUUCCUGUGUCUGACCUGCAACCCUCUGGCCUCACUGUGCGGCCAAGGCCUUCUUAGCCCUUCCGGUGUUGCUGCCAAUGCCCACCAUGGUCCUAGGCGCAGUGUGCUGGAGGCUGAGGGCAGAGAUGGCCCUGCCUGGACCCAGUGGCUUCUACCCCCUCUGGUUUGGCUGGCCAAUGGGAUACUGGUGCUGGCCUGCUUGGCACUGCUUUUUGUGUAUGGGGAGCCAGUGACCCGGCCCCACUCAGGCCCCGCAGUGCAUUUCUGGAGACAUCGCAAACAGGCUGACCUGGAUCUGGCCAGGGGGGACUUUGCCCAGGCUGCUCAGCAGUUGUGGCUGGCCCUGCAGGCUCUGGGCCGGCCCCUGCCCACCUCACACCUGGACCUGGCCUGCAGCCUGCUCUGGAACCUCAUUCGACACUUGCUGCAGCGCCUCUGGGUGGGCCGCUGGCUGGCGGGCCGAGCCGGGGGCCUGCAGAGGGACCGCAAGCUGAGGGUGGAUGCGCGUGCCAGUGCCCGAGAGGCGGCCCUCGUCUACCAUAAGCUGCACCAGCUGCACGCCAUGGGGAAGUACACAGGAGGGCACCUCACCGCCUCUAACCUGGCACUGAGUGCUCUGAACCUCGCCGAGUGUGCAGGAGAUGCCGUGUCCAUGGCAACGCUGGCAGAGAUCUAUGUGGCAGCUGCCCUGAGGGUCAAGACCAGUCUCCCAAGGGCCUUACACUUUCUGACACGCUUCUUCCUGAGUAGUGCCCGUCAUGCCUGCCUGGCACAGAGUGGCUCAGUGCCUCCUGCCAUGCAGUGGCUCUGCCACCCUGCAGGCCACCGUUUCUUUGUGGAUGGGGACUGGGCCGUGCGCAGUGCCCCGUGCGACAGCCUGUACAGCUUGGCUGGGAAUCCAGUGGACCCCCUCGCCCGAGUGACCCAGCUAUUCCGUGAACACCUACUGCAGAAAGCACUGAGCUGUGUGGCCCAGCCCAGCACCGGUGCAGCUGAUGGGGACAAGGAGUUCUCAGACGCCCUCGGGUACCUGCAGCUGUUAAACAGCUGUUCGGACACUGCCGGGGCCCCCGCCUGCAGCUUCUCGGUCAGCUCCAGCAUGGCCACCACCGCCGGCACGGACCCUGUGGCGAAGUGGUGGGCCUCGCUGACGGCCGUGGUGAUCCACUGGCUGCGGCGUGACGAGGAGGCUGCCGAGCGGCUGUACUCGGUGGUAGAGCAUAUGCCCCGAGAGCUGCAAGAGACCGAGAGAGCCCUGCCCAGGGCAGCUCUACACUCCUUCAAGGCUGGCCGGACUCUGUUGGGCCGCAGAAAGGCCGAGUCUGCUCUGGCCAGCCUGGCCAUCUGUGAGAAGGCCAGUGGGUACCUUUGGGACAGCCUGGCCACCCCACCAACUGGCAGCUCCAUUGACAAGGCCAUGCAACUGCUGCUCUGUGAUCUGCUCCUUGUGGCCCGCACUAGCCUAUGGAGGCAACAGCAGCCACUGGCCUCGUCCCAGGUGUCACCGGGGUCCAGCAACGGGCCCCAGACUUCUGCCGUGGAGCUGCGUGGCUUUCAACGGGACCUGAGCUGCCUGAGGCGGCUGGCACAGAGCUACCGCCCUGUGAUGAGGAGGGUGUUCUUACACGAGGCCACCGCCCGGCUGAUGGCAGGGGCCAGCCCUGCGCGCACACACCAGCUUCUGGACCGCAGUCUGCGGAGGCGAGCAAGCCCUGGUGGCAAAGGAGGCACAGCAGCAGAGCUGCAGCUGGAGCCACGGCCCACGUGGCGGGAGCACACCGAGGCCUUGCUGUUGGCGUCCUGCUACCUGCCACCAGGCUUCCUGUCGGCUCCCGGGCAGCGAGUGAGCAUGCUCGCCGAGGCAGCGCGCAAGCUCGAGAAGCUUGGCGACCACAGGCUGUUGGUUGACUGUCAGCAGAUGCUCCUACGUCUGGGUGGCGGGACCACCGUCACUUCCAGCUAGACUCCCGGAGGACACGAUUUGCCAUCUUGGUCUCCACUGUCCGUCUACAGCUCCACUGUCUUAGGGAGUGGGAGUCCCUCUAGGACCACCAGAGGGGCGAGACCCCCCCCCCAUCCCAAUGCUCUCCCUCCCGUGUCUGAGAAGCAGUAGUUAUUAAGAUGGUUCUGACCUCUGGUGGCCGAUAGGGGAAUUGCAGGAGCCCUGAGCAGGCCUUGUGACAUCCUCUUGUUCCACCUUAGUGGCUUUUUUUUUUUUUUUUUCUGGCCUUUGUAAAGGUUAGAAAGCCCCUGGGGCAUCUUGUCCCUCCCCCCCCAACACCUUUCUCUCUCCUGGGAAGGUUUGUACAUAGUGUAGAUUUGGCUGAGCUGCCUCUUGUGCAGCCAUUGUGCUACUUUGACCUUAGCAAACUUUAUUUUCUUAGGUUGAGAAGUUUUGUACAGAGAAUAAAAAUAAAAUUAUUUAUAACCUG